UAGAUAAAAGUCCUAAUCUUAAAAAUUAGGAUUAUCGUCCGGGUAACAGAGAACCCCGUUCGCAUUGCGGCACAGUGCCUCUUCUUCACUCCAUGAAACAGGAGACUCAGUUAUCAUCAUAAUGAAGAGGCCAUGUGGUCCUCUAGAUAUAAUCAGUGACCUUCCAAACAAUAUAAUAGAGAACAUCCUAAUGCGCUUGCCCAUAUGUGAUGCAGUGGGAACAAGUAUUUUGUCGAAAAAGUGGAGGUACAAAUGGUUAACGCUUCCACAUCUUGUAAUUGACAAUGCAUUGGGAAAAAAAUUGUUGGGAAGACAACAAUCAGCCAAAAAUGAACUUGUGUCAGCUGUGUAUCAAGUCUUAUUACUUCACAAAGGACCCAUAGUUAAGUUUGUUCUGGAAGUUGAUGAAUUGGAAAGUUGUUCUGAUAUCGAUCAUUGGAUAAAUUUCCUAUCAAACCAUGAUAUUCAAGAAUUCACCCUUUCCCGUGCAAAGACUGAGCACUAUAAAUUGCCUUCUUAUUUUUUUACCUUUCUACAUCUCAGGCAUUUGAAACUCCGUGGUUGUGCAUUUAGGCCUCCACCUAGAUUCAAAGGAUUUAGUAAGCUUAUUAGCCUCCAGCUUGAAGACAUACUCAUGGAUGCUGAAACAUUUGGUAGUCUAAUCUCCAGUUGCCCAUUACUUGAACAGUUGACAGUAUCCGGCUACAUCCCAUAUGACUCGCUUGAAAUUAGUGCCCCUAAUCUCAAAAGUUUCUCGUUUACUGGUGAUUUUGGAUCUAUUUGUUUCAAAAAUACACUACUCCUUGCAGAAGUUACCGUUGCUUUGUGUCGUGUGAAUAAAAAUGUAAAACAUCAAUCCUCUAAUUUGAUCAAGAUUGGCCGUUCUCUACCUGCUGUUGAGAAGCUGUAUCUGGAGGGUUACUUUUUGGAGUUCUUGGCAUUGGGCAAUGUACCAAAGAGGCUUCCAAUCCUGUUCAACAAUCUCAAGGUUCUUCAUUUAGAUGAGAUGGAUUUCAGCAAUUUGGAUGAGAUCUUAUGUUCUCUUUGCUUGAUUACAAGUUCCCCUAACUUAGAAGAACUUAGAGUCGUGGCAUAUGCUGGAGAUAUUGCCAGGGAUGCAGUUGUAGAGUAUUUUGGAACACAAAACUUGUCGCACCACUCUUUAAAGCGACUCCAGAAGGUGAAGAUGGAAGAAAUUUCCAAUUUUGAGCCUGAACUAGAGUUUAUAAAGUUUAUAUUGGCAAGUUCACCUUCACUUGAGGAAAUGGAAGUUUUACGCAGCGAAGAUACAGUGGAUGAAGAUGAGCGCAAAAUGUGGAAAGAGCUGAUGCGAUUUCGUCGAGCUUCACCAAAAGCAGAAGUCAUUUACUUACAAUAAUAUUAUGUAUGUGAUUGUGCUGUAUUUUAAUGGCCUUCUUCUAUAGAUGGUUAGAGGCUGAAUAAUAUUUAGACUUGACUCUUGAGGGAACAAUGUUGUUUUGAACUUAUUGGGUCAGUUGUCACCUGGCUGAGACUUGAAAUAAUUGAUGUUGGCAUGAGGCCUUGACCUCAUUGUGGAAUAAGCUUUGUAGUCUCCUUGGAUUUGUGUUGA